AUGCCCUUCCAGCAUCCCAAAAUCCCAGCAUGUGAACGAUGCCGGUUACGCAAGGUCAAAUGCGACAGCAAGCCGCCCAAAUGCACCGGCUGCACAAGAAGCAACACAGCAUGUAUCAUUGUCGAGGCCGGUACUCACGAGAGGUUCUCUCGCGACAGUAUUUACCAGCUAGAGCGCAGACUUGAAUACCUAGAUUCAGUCGUCCAUCAGCCGCUGGGUGAAGGGCUCAGGGAAAGCCUGGCAACGCCAGGACGUUCAAGACAUGAAAGCUCCCAUUUUGUCGGCGACGGUAGUGGACUCGGACUUCUUAGGGAGAUAUCCAUGACGGCAAACACUGCAUCGCUAUCGAAUGCAAGGCUUCACGAAGGUGUCGCGUCCUCACCAUACACCAUCGAGACCGUCGCUGCCCACAUGCUGCCUUCAUGGGAACUGGCAAACAUAUUGGUCGAGCGUCACUUCAAUCAUAUGCAUCUGCAUCACCCACUGCUGGCUCGCUUCUCGGUCGAGGAACUGUUGCAGCGAGUUUAUGGCAAAGGUAUCCUCCCAGCUUCCAGUGAGGACUACUACCGGUCCUUCAUGAUUUUCGCCAUCAGCUCGGUGACAAUGUUUCGACGGGGAGAAAUCCAAGAGCAUCCGUAUGGCUACUUUCGGGCAGCUCAACAGUAUGCGCCAGAAGUGAGCAUCAUAGGAUCCAUCGGUGCCAUCCAGAACCUCCUUCUUAUUGCCCGAUUUGCCAUGUACUACCACAUUGAUUGCUCGAUAUGGGACAUCGGUCGACUGUGUAUGAGACAAUGCGUGGAAGUAAGCCUACAUCGACGACCAGUAGCUCCCCUCUCGCCGAUUGAAGAGCAGAUCCGGCGGAACGUCUUCUGGGAUUGCUACAUCCACGACAGGUACAGCUCCGGCAUACUUGGACGGCCUUUUGCGAUAGCAGAGCAUGACAUUGAAACGCCGCUCCCGAUAGAGGUUGAUGAGGAGAAUUUGCUCAAUUCUACAGCGAGAUCUUUGGAUGAGGUUGACGCUGGCUCGUUCACGAAGCCCAACAAAGCAUCAGUGUUCCGGUUCGUUGUCGAACUCAGAAGGUUGACCACGCGAGUCUCCAACGCCUUUUUCAGCUCUUCAGACCAGUGCACGACGCGCCGGCCAAUGGCUGAGGUUGGACGUAUCAAGUUGGAUUUGGAUCGCUUCUCGGUUGAAAUGCAGCAGAUUCGAGACACGGCCCCUGUCUUUCAAGACCCCAAGAGUCUGUACCAACGACCACAAUGGUAUGACUUCAUGGUCGAAAAAGACAGACUGACACUCAUCCGCGGCGCGCUGGCACGCCUGCCCAAGGACAAUUUCCAGCCACCUCGCUGGAUGCUUCGCUCGUAUUUACAGUCCGCGGUGAAUGUGAUUGAACUAUACGCCUCGAUGUUUGCAAAGGGACACAUCACUUGGACCCGCUCGUAUCUCCAGAUCCUCUUCACCACGGGCCUAGCCAUAAUAUACUCCUUGUCACUGCUCAGACCAAAAGAAGCACGCCAGGAUUUUGAUACUGGAUCUGAUUUCGGACGGGAGCUACGGGCGUUGAUCUCAGCAAGCGAGUUGAUGCAACGCUUCAUGAGCGAAAUGCCUGAUGCGGGACAAUUUGUUCAAGUGUUUGAUGUUCUUGUCAAGCAGUACACGGGUACACGAGCCCGUUCCAGCCGAAAUGUGACGCCUCCAAUAUCUUUCGAGGACAUGGACUUGCAGGAGAUCAGCCUGCAUGUCAGCCAGGCACCGCGAGUUCACAAAGCUGCGGAACUUGAUAUUGUUAAUGGCCCGGACGAGCAAGGUGUCGAUCCAACCAACAUGAGUGCACCCCCGACCUACGAAUGGGGUCCGCCUUUCAACCACACCCAAGACUAUGAGUUGGACUUCGACCUCGACGACCCCCAAAACUACUUCUCAUUCACUGGUGAUAAUAAUAAUCUCCUGGGUCAGAUGGCCGUCGGAGUUGGUGAAUAUGCCUGGGCGGUGCCACCAAGUGAGGCCCUCUGGAGUGAUUACGGCUGGUUUCGGGGGCAAUGA